CUGGAGGAGGUGACGUAGGCCGUGUGAUGACGUCAGUCCCCGUGUGUCUCGGGGUGUGUUUGUUUGUGAGAGGAAGCGGCUGGUUGGAUGUUGGGCGGGGUCUGAGGAGUCACGGAGAGGCAGAGGAGAGGAGAGAGCAGAAACCAGUCCUGAUCCCGAUCCCGGUCCCGGUUCUGAUCCAGCGGCAGCGGCGGACACACCGACCCAGCGGAGCCAGCGGACAGGCGGACAGCCCGGGGAGGAUGGGCCGGCCGUAGCGCGCUGCUCUCCGGCUCGCAGCUCCAGGAUGAGCGUAGCGCUGCAGGACCUCCGGAACACCAUGUCCAGCUACAAGCGAGCUACACUGGAGGAGGAGGAGGGCUCCGACACGCCGGCCGAGGCGGCCUCGUCUCCCGACAGAGUGGAGGUGGGCUUCAGGAAGGGCGGUGUGGACAUCCUGGGCCGGCGGACCCAGCUGGAGGUUCUGCUCUCCGUCAUGCUGCUGGCCGCCCUGCUGGCUCUGUUCGCCUGCCUGGUGGUUCUGGGGCUGGGAUUCAGCUCAGACAGUGGGCGGGGCCUGUGCCUGUCGGAGGCAUGCGUCACCGUGGCCAGUCAGAUUGUGGAGGCGAUGGACCGCAGCGCCGACCCCUGCCAGGACUUCUACCAGUUCGCCUGCGGCGGGUGGAUGAGGAAGAACCCGCUGCCGGACGGACGUUCGCGCUGGUCCACCUUCAACAGCAUCUGGGAGCAGAACCAGGCGCUGCUCAAACACCUGCUGGAGAACGGGACGUUCAACGGCACCAGUGAAGCCGAGAGGAAGACCCAGUCCUACUACCUGUCCUGCCUCAACACGCAGCGCAUCGAGGAGCUCGGCUCUCAGCCGCUCAUAGACCUGAUAGCCAAGAUCGGCGGCUGGAACAUGACGGGUCCGUGGGACAAAGACAACUUCAUGGAGGUUCUGAAGAUGGUGUCGGGUCCGUACCGAGCCCAGCCGUUCUUCAGUGUGGGCGUCAGCACCGAUCCCAAGAACUCCAACAGUAACGUCAUCCAGGUGGACCAAUCAGGGCUGUUCCUUCCGUCCCGGGACUAUUACCUUAACAAGACGGCCAAUGAAAAGGUGCUGGCGGCGUACCUGGACUACAUGGUGGAGCUGGGGACGCUGCUGGGCGGAGAGAAGAGCGCCACCCAGCUGCAGAUGCAGCAGAUCCUGGAGUUUGAGACGGUGCUGGCCAACAUCACCGUCCCACAGGACCAGCGACGUGACGAGGAGAAGAUCUACCACAAGGUCACCAUCGCCGAGCUGCAGCUGCUGGCUCCAGCUGUGGACUGGCUGGACUUCCUGACGUUCUCCCUGGCUCCUCUGGACCUGAACGACACCGAGCCUGUGGUUCUGUACGCCAGAGAGUACCUGCAGCAGGUGUCCGAGCUCAUCAACAAGACGGACCGCAGUCUGCUGAACAACUACAUGAUGUGGACGUUGGUCCAGAAGGGCGUCGCCACCUUGGAUCAGCGCUUCGAGAACGCUCAGGACAAACUGCUGGAGAGUCUCUAUGGCACCAAGAAGAUGGAGUCCUGCACCCCACGCUGGCAGACCUGCAUCGGGAACACCGACGACACUCUGGGCUUCGCUCUUGGCGCUCUCUUCGUCAAGGCAACGUUUGACAAGCACAGCAAAGAGAUUGCGGAGGAGAUGAUCAACGAGAUCCGCUCUGCGUUUAAAUACUCUCUCGACCGUCUCAGUUGGAUGGACGAUGAGACGCGACAAGCUGCUAAAGACAAGGCAGACGCGAUCUACGACAUGAUCGGUUUCCCAGAGUUCAUCCUGGAUCCCAAAGAGCUGGACGACGUUUACGACGGGUAUGAGGUGUCGGACGAUAACUUCUUCCAGAACAUGUUGAACUUCUACAACUUCUCAGCCCGAGUGAUGGCCGACCAGCUGAGGAAGACUCCCAACAAAGACCAGUGGAGCAUGACUCCUCCUACAGUUAACGCCUAUUACAUGCCCACUAAGAACGGCAUCGUCUUCCCUGCCGGGAUCUUGCAAGCUCCUUUCUACGCCCACGACCACCCCAAAGCUUUGAACUUUGGCGGCAUUGGGGUUGUGAUGGGUCACGAACUUACGCAUGCCUUUGAUGAUCAGGGUCGGGAGUAUGAUAAAGAGGGGAACCUGAGGCCGUGGUGGCAGAACUCCUCGGUGGAGGCGUUCCGUCAGAGAACAGAGUGCAUGGUGGAACAGUACAACCACUACACCGUCAACGGAGAGCCAAUCAACGGAAAACAGACGCUAGGAGAAAACAUUGCUGACAACGGUGGACUGAAAGCAGCUUAUCAUGCAUACCGAUCAUGGAUCCAGAAAAAUGGAGAAGAAAAGAGACUCCCUGCCGUCAACCUAACCAACGACCAGCUCUUCUUUCUAGGAUUUGCUCAGGUGUGGUGCUCGGUUCGAACACCAGAGAGCGCUCACGAGGGCCUGGUGACUGACCCUCACAGCCCCCCCAAAUACAGAGUCAUCGGCACUCUGGCCAACUCUCCGGACUUCAGCCGCCACUUCAACUGUCCAAAGGGCACGCCCAUGAACACCGGGAAGCCCUGCGAGGUCUGGUAGAGGAGUGAAGAGGACCGGUGGUGGUGAUACGGAGAGGUUAAUCAGGUCAAUCUCCAGGUUGGCCGCUGUUUUAGUGUCUUAGAUUCUGCACGACCCCGUGUUGCGUUCGCGGCCCAUGUGUAAUCUUUAGUUCAUCAGUUACUCGGCGACGAUCAGACUGACUUCCUGUCUGGAAACCGAAUGGCGUCGCUGGACUUCAGAGACGUGACGGACCGAUGGCGAUGAAGCUGCUGGAGGGGGGCAGUGUUGCUGAUGUUUGCUUUAUCACCGUUAAUAUUAAUGGGUAUUUGUGGUUGUAUUUUGUAUGAGAGAUCUCUGUAUCUUCGUCUAUCACUGUGAUGACCUCAUACCAAACUGGCCCAUGACUUCACUCUGUGUGAGGAAGCUGUCGUUUGAUUGGCUGGAUGUCGGGAGGUGGAUGAGUACAUUUGUAGGAAAUCAGAGGAUUUAAAUGAUCAAUCUGUACAGUCUGAGGUUUUAUUAUACACCAGAUCGCUUUAAUGUUUAAAGAUCUAUGUAUUGUUUUCAUUAAUCCCACUGAUGGCCAAUUGAACGGAAAGUAAUUGGCAUUAGUCUUUUGGCUUUAAUCAUAAGUGUGAGUUUUGCCUUUCUUUUCAUUGUUGUUGAUCCCCAUUUUAAAAUAUUUAAUUUCUUUUGUCUGUCUGUCACCUUGAAUCCAAGUGGAAUUAAUCACCAUUUUAUUUGUGCCAGUUUCACAGUUGAGUCCUUUAUAGUCCACUCUACCUAGAAUCCAUGUUAAACUCAGAGGUUAGUGACUUUUAUUUCUUCAGCUGUGAGGAACAAUGUGCCAUGAUCCAGAAUGUUGCCUUCAAAGUCCAAAAUAAAGUGUUGAAAUGU